CAACUGCGCACGCGUUUCCAGUUUCCAGUUUCCAGUUUCCACUCACUGACGAUCGCAGACAAAGCAAUUAAGCCAGUACAAGUAAAUAAUAUUUGCUUCCCCUUCACCCAUUAUCUGACAGGUCGCCAGCAUCUUCUCUGUUGGUCGUUGGGCCUCUGUAUCUUAACCUUCCCUUCUUACACUAUCCGGAGCAGUCCCAAUGGCGGAAGAAGAUGAGAACAUGAGUGAAGAGCUCAAUCCUGAAGAUGCCGAAACUGCGCAGAAGAUCAUCAAUGAAGAGUACAAGACGUGGAAGAAAAAUGCACCUUUUCUCUACGACAUGAUAUUGAGUACCGCGUUGGACUGGCCCACUCUCACCACGCAAUGGUUUCCAGAUGUCCAAGAGGUCCCCGGAACCAACUACUCAAAGCACCGUCUGCUCAUCGGUACGCACACUGCCGAGGGCCAGCCAAACUACCUAGAAAUCGCCAAUGUGCAGCUACCAAACCCUAAAAAGCCCGAUGUUAAGGACUACAACGAGGAAACCGGCGAGAUUGGAGGUUAUGGUGGCGGUGCAUCUGGCAAGAAUCAGAUUGAGAUCAAGUUCAACAUUGUGCAGAAGAUUGACCACCCUGGCGAGGUCAACAAAGCCCGAUACCAACCGCAAAACCCUAACAUCAUUGCAACAAUGUGUACGGACGGUCGAGUCAUGAUCUGGGACAAAACAAAGCACACCAGCAUACCUACCGGGAAGCCCAAUCCCACGUUGGAGCUCGUCGGGCACGAGAAGGAAGGCUACGGCUUGAGUUGGAACCCUCGGGAAGCCGGUCAACUGGCCACAGCAAGCGAAGACUCCACCGUGAGGUUAUGGGACAUUACGCAAGGAUCCAAGGCGAACAAACAGCUCAAGGAGUUCCGCAAAUACACACACCACAACAGUAUCGUCAACGACGUCCAAUAUCACCCCAACCUUCCCCAUUUAUUAGGGACAGUAUCCGACGACCUGACCAUGCAACUUCUGGACCUCAGAUCACCCGACACCACCAGAGCGGCCGCUAAAGGGGAGAAUCAACACCGUGACGCCAUCAAUGCGAUUGCGUUCAAUCUGGCAGUUGACACGGUGGUGGCCACGGGGAGCGCCGACAAAACCAUUGCUAUCUGGGAUCUACGGAAUCUCAAGGACAAGUUACAUGCACUUGAAGGGCAUAACGAUAGUGUCACUACGCUCGAAUGGCAUCCUUUUGAAGAAUCUGUUCUGGGGUCCAGCAGCUACGACCGGCGAAUCAUCUUCUGGGAUUUGGCCAGGGUAGGAGAAGAGCAAACACCAGAAGACAGUGAAGAUGGGCCGCCAGAGCUGCUUUUCAUGCACGGAGGGCACACUAAUCGCAUCAGCGACUUCUCGUGGAACAAGAAUAAUCCAUGGGUGGUUUGCAGCGCGGCCGACGACAAUCUGAUCCAAGUGUGGAAGGUUGCCGAAGCUAUUGUUGGACCCGACGAUGAUGAUGUGCCAAUGAACGAGCUGGAGGGAUGAGAGGUCCACGAAAGGCUUGAAAGGCUUGAAGCGCGUGCACGGUUUCGAGAAACAAUGGCGGCAUUAAUCAGGAUGGACUUGGGCCGGACGAAGGAGGACAUAGAUUCGUGGCUGGAUCGAGUCGUUCCUCCUCCUAAGCGUCGCCGUAAGCGUAGGUCGGGCUUGUUGCCGGGAGUUCCCUGGUUUCUUUGAACUACCUCCUCCAUCGGGAUUCACAGACUGGAAUUGGAGGAUUGCCGCACUUCGGAAAGCCUACUGGCUAUGGUCGGUGUACUGGAACAGCAGAGUGAAAGCGUUCAGAAGCGUCCGGGGUGAUGGGGACGCGAUCCACAAGAAUAGGUAGCUAUGCUUUCAACAACGAUGAAUGCUGUCACAGACGGAUAGUUAGAUUUCAACCUCACACUUCUACAGCGGGGUGCAGGAUCCGAAUAUCUAUGUACCAUAGUAGAUGUGCU